UUAUAAAAAUCAUUUAAUAAAUCCUUGCAAAACAUAAUUGUGACAAUUUACCCAGACCAACUGUACGAUACGCCUUCAAAGAUCUAACUGAGUAACUCUAGUAUUUUCAUCAACUCGAUAGCGAAAUACGGAGUCAGACAGGUGCACGUUAAAACCGGUACCGGUAUGCCACAACAAAAUUUUCAAUAGGUGGGACACACAACAAGAAUUCUUCAUUAAUUGCAUGCAGCUGCGAGCUCUCCGACAGUGCAGUGGCAGUGGCACCUUACCCUAAUUUAGGUCACAAUGUCUUUGAUAGGGGAGUUUGUGAGAAAGCAUCUGGACUUACUGGACAUAGAAAGACAGGCAGAGAUAGAGCAGACAAGUGAUCUACUAGGUAAGCUCUCUGUACGUGAGCUUGAAAGACGAGGAGUCUGCCUUCUGAAACUCAGAUGUGCCAGUCAAGCUACAGGACUCUAUGGAAGGACAGUCUUGACCUUUGAACCCUUGAGGUCACAGGGUCAAGAUGGCAAACUUCCAGCUCAUAACUUUGGACCAGGUGAUAUAGCAGGAGUGAGCUUCUCCAACAGUGACACCACCUCUGCAUCUUUGCUUGCUUCUGGAAUUGUGUCAAAGGUCACUGGAUCCAGUGUCUCUGUUGCAUUUGAAGAGAAUGUGGAGGGGAUAUCACGCGGUCAUGACGACACAUUCAAACUCACCAAGCUAGCGAACGAUGUCACAUAUAGAAGACUUAAAAAAGCUCUUCAUGAAUUAGAGGAGUACCGUACUGGACCUGCUGUUCGAUUGAUUGAAGUCUUGUUUGGAGAGAGUGAUCUAGGAUCACCAAUCAGGCUUCCAGCUAGUAGUGAUAAUGAAUCUGGGAGUGUGGAAUUCUUUAACAGCAAUCUGAAUGAUAGCCAAAGAGAUGCCGUGACCUUUGCCCUAUGUCAGCGAGAGGUUGCUGUGAUUCAUGGCCCACCCGGUACAGGCAAGACCACCACAGUGGUUGAAGUUAUCCAACAAGCAGUGAAGCAAAAUAUGAAGAUUCUCGCCUGUGCUCCAUCUAACGUUGCAGUGGACAACCUCUUAGAACGUUUGUCCUCAAAUCCUUCAUGCUCUAUGGUCCGUCUUGGUCAUCCUGCUCGGUUACUUCCAAGCAUUCAGAGGUUCUCAUUAGAUGCAAUCCUUGCUUCCAGCGAUGGAGCAGCUAUCGUCAGAGACAUCCGGAGAGAACUAGACUCUACACUGAGUCAAAUCCGGAAGACAAAAGACAAAGAUGAGAAGCACCGUUUGAAAGACGAGAUGAAAUAUCUUCGACAGGAUUUAAAAUCCAGAGAGCAGAAAGCCAUCCAAGAUAUCCUGAUGGCUGCUGAUAUCGUCUUGGCAACUAACACCAGUGCUUCCACCAAAGGACCCCUGAGGGCGCUACAACAAGGACAUUUUGACUUGGUUGUCAUUGAUGAAUGUGCUCAGUCUCUUGAAGCUGCAUGUUGGAUCCCCCUUCUUAAUGCACCAAAAUGUCUUCUUGCUGGUGAUCAUUUACAGCUACCUGCCACCAUUAUGUCAAAACAAGCAGCAGAAGAUGGGCUGGCAACCUCCCUGAUGGAACGCAUCAUAAGUCUCCAUGGCAACAGAGUAGUGCGAAUGUUGACCACUCAGUACAGGAUGAAUGAUGACAUCAUGAAAUGGUCGUCUGAUCAGUUGUAUGAUGGAAAACUAGAAUCGCAUCAAUCUGUGGCUUCCCACCUUCUCAAAGACAUGCCAUCUAUCGUUGAGAAUGAGAAUACCUGUAUCCCACUACUUCUGAUUGAUACAGCGGGAUGUGAUGUACUUGAACUAGAGUUAGAAGAUGAAGUAUCAAAAGGCAAUGAAGGAGAAGCAGACAUAGUAAGUCACCAUGUAAGCAACCUCAUCACCAGCGGCUUGUCCCCGUCACAGAUUGCUGUCAUUGCACCUUACAACCUGCAAGUAGACCUCCUGCGGCUGAGGUUGUCGUCAAAGUAUCCUACUCUUGAGAUCAAGUCUGUGGACGGGUUCCAGGGGCGGGAGAAAGAAGCAGUCAUCAUCUCGAUGGUUCGAUCCAAUGACAGAGGUGAGGUGGGAUUCCUGACUGAGGAUCGUCGUAUCAACGUCGCAAUCACCCGAGCGCGACGCCAUCUUGCAGUCAUUUGUGAUUCUCAGACCGUUGGAAAGCAUCCAUUCUUAAAGAGUCUCAUAGAUUACUUCAACGACCAUGGGGAAGUACGUACGGCUUUUGAGUAUGAUGAAGUUCUUGCCUCUUCCUCCGAUGUACCAAGACCAGAUCACCUGGUCUUCAAAUCAAAGACUACUAGUAGCACCCACAAGAGUACCAAGGCAUCAGGAACAGUACUUAAGGGACAGAGGAAAGGUCAAGUUAAGAAGGCAGAGGUUAAAGGUCAAAGUUUAAGCACUGACCCUGUGCAAAGGAGUAAGGAAGAUGCUACCUUCCUGAAUGAAACCAAGAGAAGAUUGUUAGAGUUUAAGAAAGAACCAGAGGAGAGGCUUCUUGAGUUUCCUCCUUCACUCAAUUCCCAUCAGAGAUAUCUUGUGCAUGAGCUCGCAGAAGGCUAUGGACUGUACCACUUGAGUACAGGUGAGGGGAAAGAGAGACAGAUUGUUGUUAGAAAGGAAAGGACUGAGCCACCUCAGGUUGAAAGGACAUUAGAAGAAAGAAACGCUCUUGUCACCAGGAAUGAUGAUUCUAACGUGUCUGUUGAGGAACUGGUGGAGGACUUUGAAACAGAGAAUAAAAUGGAGCUUUUAUCUGAUCGGGAGGAGGAAGCCGAAGAAGAAGCAACGGAAGAGGACGGUGCCAUAGCUGGUAACAUAGAGAAGUCAGAGUUAGAGCAGACCAAAGAGAAAGAGAGAGAGGUUAAGAGCCCUGAUACAGAACUUGCUUCGGCGAAUCUUUUGAAAUGUAAAUUUUGUGGGAAGCGUUUACCGCCGGGAAACCGGCUCCUGCAUGAGAUCCACUGCGAGAAGACGCAAGCCGAGAAGAAACGACAGAACUCGGCUGGGUUGAAUAAAAAGCAUAGAAAUAAAGCUCAGAAACAGAAGCAGAAGCAGAAUCUUGAGGAUGCCUCUGCGGAAGACUUUGAUACGCUCGUCGCCAUGGCAAUGAAGCGCGAUAAUGAGUGUAACUAUAAACGAUGCCGAGAGAAGAUCACAAUUACGGGAUUAAUGUGCGAGUUCUGUACGAGACGGUAUUGCUUUAAGCAUCACGUACCGGAAAUCCACGGAUGCGAGGAGAUGGCACGCCACCAUGUACGGCAUCAGAUGUUGAAGACAAAGGUUGUAACCAACGGCAGCGGGGUCAAGGAGAAAAAGGUUGACCCUGCACAUAGGGCUAAUCUUCAAAAGAAACUAGGUGCUAAACUUGGGCAGCUUGGUGAACAAAGACAACGCAAACAGAAACCAAAAUAACUUUUAUUUGUGAAUCACGAAAUGGUGCUAAUAGAAGCUCGUAAUUUUGACUCUCAAAGAGGGUCAUUUGUAAAAGGCAAUAAUUUCCCCAUUCUGAAGUUUAGUGAAGUGAAAUGGAGGACUGAUAGCUAAUUUAUUCUGUGAAAUACAGAGCGUGUAACAGCCUCAGCACAUGCUUGUGUUCCCUCUUUUAAGAACCCCUCAUCUCAGAACUUCAAAAUUUCGGAUCCCCCCUUUUGCAGACGUAUUGUGGGCUUUACCCCUUUGCAGACCCCCCUCCCCCUUAGAUCCCCUUAGCCAUGGCUAUAAUUUGAACUCGUGAUGACCCUGAAGUCUGGAGACCAAUCCACUGGGCCACAACGCUCCAAUAUCAAGUUUGCUUCUAGAAUGCCACCCAAUGUGCAAUCAUGUAUUAAAUCUAAGGCAUGUGACAUCUAGUGGUAUCAACAAUAUUCAUAGAGUAAGUUCAUUUUUCAAAAGGUGACAUUUUUAUGUUACAGCCCAAAUAGGAACAAUUAAAAAGGGCAUGAAAAUAAUAUUACAUCCAUGGCAAAGUUACCUGUAUCUUUAGCUUGCUAUAUAAUUUGUUACAAUUCAAUUUGUAUUGAAGUAAACAAAACAAGGAAGGAAUAUUGAAUAUAGUAACUUCGUAUUGAACAAGUGCAAUGUUUUGUUAGAAGGUUUUGUGUAAAAACAUGUAAGAGGUUCAAAACCACAUAGGACGUAACAUCUUCAUAGUAUGAACUAAUUGAUUUAUAGAUACUGUGGAAUAAAAUAUCUACAUAUUUUGAAAGUAUACUCUAGUUAUAGUUCAAAAUCACAUUUUGUUAUGUCAUGUGUUUUCUUGAUUUUAUAUGUAAUGUUAUAUACGACUCUUUAAUAUAAAACAUUUAUAUUUGUAGUAGUUGAUAUUAAAGCCCAUCAAAGUUUUAGCAAAUGUUUAAUAAUAUCAAUCAUCCUUGACUAUCAUCAAACAUUUUAAUUUUACAAUAGUCUAGUUACCAAUUUUUAUCUUUAUUCCUCCUUUGUUUUGGGGUCAAAAUUUUGAAUUUCUGGAUUCAUAGGCAAAGCGCUAUAUUUUGGAAUAUUGUUUUGCUUUAUCUUUAAAAAGAGCAUUUUGUACACUAUCUUACAAAUCUAGUA